GAAUUCCCAAAACCAACGUGUGAGGCACGAGCUGUCUCGGACACGGCUCAAGGAAAUUGAGAGUUCCCUAGAGAAUGUUCAUAGUUGGUUUCCUCCUUCUGUGUCACAUAGGAAAACAUGGGAAGAAGAAGUAAUUAUGCACACAUUGAGAGAGUAAUGCGUGAUCAUUUUCUUUUUAGAAGGAUUACCGAAUCCCAAUGCCACGUUUUGCUGGACUGUAUGCAAAAACUGGAAGUUAAGCUUGGGGAUGUGGUUGUUGAACAGGGUGAAGAGGGUGACUGCUUUUAUGUUGUUACAAAUGGCGAGUUUGAAGUCCUUGCUACUCAGUAUUCUGAAGAAUAGAUGGUCCUUUCUUUGCCAAAAAAAGGACUAUACAGUGGCAAAAAAAACUUCACUUGUAGCAAAUUAGGGAGAGAGGAUUGGGCGGCUAGGGUGAGAGGAAAAUUUUGAAUUAGGGAUGUUAGAGUUAGGGAAUUAUUGUAUUAAUAGUAUGGCUUGUUUAGGGUUAGGCUUAUGCAUGAUUAUUGUGUUCUUUGGAGUUUUCUCUUGGCAUCUUGGGCUCUAGAACUUCUUCUAGAGAUUUGGAGAGAAAGAUCAUUCUCUCGAAUUGAGGAUCAAUUGUAUCUUGCUUUGUGUUUGUUUUGAUUUGGAUUUCCUUAAUACAAUUCACAAAUUUUGGGUUGUUUUCAUCACGUUCUUGUGUGU